AUGGACUCGCCUGGUGGCUACCCCGAGUCGCUGCUCGACCAGGACGGCGACCAAGACGAUGUGGUCUACCCCUGCAAGGGCUGUGGAGAGAUUCUGGAGGAGGGUAAAGCCUUCGAGCUCGCUGGUAAUAGAUGGCACAUCGACUGCUUCCGUUGCAACACCUGCGGCACGCUCCUCGACUCGGACGCCAACCUGCUCCUCCUUGGAGACGGAUCCCUGAUCUGCAACAACUGCACGUACAGCUGCAACCACUGCGGCAACAAGAUUGAGGACCUAGCUAUCUUGACCGGUGACCAGGCCUUCUGCGCGAAUUGCUUCAGAUGCAGGAAUUGCAAGCGCAAGAUCGAGAACCUACGCUAUGCGCGCACAUCGCAGGGCAUUUUCUGCAUGUCUUGCCAUGAGUCGCUAAUGGCGCGACGUCGAAAGAAAUCCAAAAAGCCUCCAGCACCAGCAGCACCGAAAGUCGACAAGUCCCUUCCAGCACUCCCGCCCCAGUUUGAUGAGCAGCAGUCGCAGCGCAGCGGUUUCACGCCUGAUGUUGAAACGCCUUCUGAUGUGUUCUCUGAACCGACGACCGCUGAUGCUUCUCCCAGGCCUUCCCAACCCAGAAGGGGCGACUCAUCUUCUAACUUCAGGCGCGAUGCUUCCCCAGCAGCGGCAGACUCCACGCGCAGAGACAACAUACUUCUCCCAGCUACAACUUACAACAAAGAGCACAAGCACUCCGAGUCCGACACGGGCGACGAUGGCAUCAUGCUUCCCUUCGCGCUCGAUCCGAACCCUGCGCCUGGGCCUUCACCCCUUAAUCGAGCCAGCAGGCAGUUCCCCGACCGAACAAUGGGCUCCGGCUCAACAGCAGGUGACGGAAAGAAUGGUCGCGACUACUUCAACAGGCCAGCCGCUGAUCCUCGCGAUAAGCUGAAGGAGAACAACUCGAGGUCUGGUUCUGCUGAGCAACCUGCCCCAGCCAGCCCACAUAUUGCAUUCCAAGAGAAGGGUAGACAACCCUCUGACCAUGUAGUCAACACACUCAGGAAGCAGCGCGACACAUCGAGCGAAUCGCCGUCCCUCAACGAAAGGUCACGUAGCCAGCAUGCUUCGCCGGCACCCCCUUCGGCACCUGACGCGUUCAAACUCCAAGAGGUGCCCAAAAAUAAGAAGGCAGACGCUAGACGCAAAUCUUCGGACAGCAGCGACUCUCUUCAACACCUCGGUUCGCCUAGCGCUGAGAUGUCGUCGAGGCUCAGCAGACCUAUGAUGGAGCCUGCGUUUACAUCGUCGCCCCCAGUUGGCGCACAGGACUCGCCUGAGACCGCAUCUGGGUCAUCCUUCAGCUCUACUCAACGCGUCGAGCGCCCCGCACGCGGAGACUCCUUGAGGCCUUCUGGCCCAAUACAACCUGGAGACAGGGCUGGGCCUCCGCCAACAACUCCUACCAUAGAGCACCCCAAACGAACUUCUUCGACACACGGUGCCUCUGCUCCUGUCAGUGCUGGUCUUGGUAUUAGCAGUCCUCUCGAAUCGUCCAGAGGCUUUUCGGAUGUGCCUGUGCCGCCAGCCCGCUCAGCGGACAGGCGACCACGACCGACCGAAGAUACCUUCACAUCUCCGCGUGCCCCACCUCAGCCUCCAAGCGCGCACAAGGCCAGCGACUCUAUCAGCAGUCUUCCCAGCGAGACGUCUCGAGAUGCGUACGCACCUGGUAGUGGGCUUCCACGUUACAGCGCACAAGGUGAUUUCUCAAUGGAUGAGGACUUUGCGCGUCUGCUUGGAAACCAGGACAAGGACGAGAAGGACGGUGGCGUCUUCCGACGUCGGGGUUCUGUCACUUCGCGGGGAGGUCACAAGAAGUGGCCCACGAACGGAUCCAUCGACAUCAGCAGCCCUACCAUUGCAUCGCCCGACUCCAGAGAAGAGAGCGCCAAUCUUCGUAACGAGUUACGACGCGCCCAGCAACGUAUUGCAGAACUCGAAGCCGAGAAGAGUGGGUUGCAGGAGUCCAUGCAUAGCGCGGCAGACAUCAAGCAAGCGAACACUGUGCUUCGUGAGAAGCGGAACACAAUGGCCGUACUUGAUACCCAGCGCGAGAUGGUCAUCCGGGAGCUUGAGAUCAUGACAGAGCAUCUCAAACAUGCCAAAGAGAGCAACGGCUCGAUGAACAUCAACCAGCUCAAGUCGGAUAUUCUCAAGGAUUUCGCGAACUCCCUGCACAAGCUCAAGGAUCAGCUAGGUAGUCAGAUUGAGGAUUUGAUCUCUAAGAGGGCCGAGCUCACUGACGAGAUCUCGAACCUCAUCCAGAUGAAGGACAAGGGCUUCCAAGAAUACGAGUCCCUUACAGCGCAAAAUGCCAAGCUUUCGGCAAUGAACAGAGAGCUCGUUGAGAACAUCCAGAAGACAAUGAACAAUAAGAAGGGCGCUCCACAGUUCGAUACCGCAGCAAAUGGGCUGGGAAUCUACAACGCCCAGCACAAGGGCGGCAAGUCCGAACUCUCACUCGACACCCAAUCACAUGAACCAUCUUUCCCUCACAUUCACGAUGGAGAUAGCGAAGCAACCCUUGCCCAACCUCAAGUGGUCAACAUUCGCAAGACUGGCAAGCCUACCAAGUUCUCCAAGUUCAAGAAGGGAGGUCAAGCCUUCACCACCAACGUUACCAAGGGAUUCAAGGGAGCCUUCGGCUCUGAACAGAAGCAGGAGGAGUACAAGGACAUCAAGGUUAUCGGUACACCGUACGGGUCCGUUCACCAGCAACCGGACAUAGCGUCGAUGUCUAGCUCGUUGAAGAGCAAGGAUGACCAGUCGCAGAAAGGCUGGUUCGGUGCCAGCGCUGUGAAGGGUGGCGCGAUUAAGCCGACGAACGAUCGCUUUAAGCACAUGCAGGCCAACAACAGCAGCACCAACUUGGCUGCAGAUGCCAGCACGGUGCUCUUUGGCUCCGACUUGUCAGCUCGUUGCGAUUUCGAAAAGCAAAUGAUUCCUGGAGUCGUCACGCGUUGUAUUUCCGAAGUUGAGCUUCGAGGUAUGGAUGUUGAGGGUGUGUACCGCAAGAGCGGAGGUAGCUCGCAGGUCAACCAGGUGCGAAGCGGCUUCGAGUCCAAGGAAGAUUACGACAUCUCCGACCCAGACCUCGAUAUCCACUCGGUUACAUCGGCUCUGAAGAACUAUUUCCGCAGGCUGCCUGUGCCGCUGAUCACAUUCGAUGUGUAUGAUCAGUUCCUAGAAGCUGGCCAACUUGAAGAUCCUGCGGCUCAGGCCAAGGCUCUCGCGGAGGCUAUCAAGGAGAUUCCAAGGGCGCACCGGGAUACACUGCAGUUCCUCGUCUUUCACUUGUCGCGAGUCAUUGAGCAUCAGGAGGAGAACUUGAUGACACCACUCAACCUUGCUGUCGUGUUCGCGCCUACGAUCAUGCGUCCCAUGGACAUCCAGCGAGAGCUCAGCGACGUCCAACAGCAACGCGUUGCCGUUCAAGCUUUGUUGGAGAACUACAAGGAUGUGUUUGGUGAAGACCGCGCCCCUGCUGUCCCCCAGGUCGAGCACACGGAGGACUCCGUCUCCUCCCUCGUCGACGUCGACAGCCCGCACAUCUCCUCGGUUCCCUCUGACUACGAAUCGCAAUCCGUGAAGACGGACACGCAGGCCGCCCGUCAGGAGCGCGAGGAGGAGAUCAAGGAGGCCGCUAAGGAGAUCCGCGACAGCGCCGCCGCCAAGAAGGAUAAGGCCAAGGACAAGGCGAGGAAGAACGCCGACAACCCUGUCGUCUUGAGCAACGCCGUCGGCCUCGCUGUUGUCGCUACCGCUCUCAGCUUCGGCGCCUACAGGAAGUACAGCCGCGGCGAGCUGACCGGCAAGGUCGUCGCCGCCUGGGCUGGUGUUGUUGGGUUGUUCGGUCUUGGUGACUACUACGUCAGCCAGUACUUCUUCAAGCGCUACCCUCCCAAGAACUAG